GGUUAUGCUGGGAAAAUGAUGAGCAACAUUGGCCGAGACGUCAUAAACUACAAGGUGACUGAUCCAUCCGACGAUGCACUCAACCCUAAGCCAGGAACCCUGAGAUAUGCUAUGACCCAUGUCAAGGGAAAGGUUUGGAUUACGUUUAAGAGAGACAUGAAUAUUACCCUCCAGAAACCCCUUCUUGUCAGCAGCUUCACUGCCAUUGAUGGACGAGGUGUUAAUGUACACAUUUCUGGUGGUGCUUGCCUAGUGUUGCAAAGGGCGAACAAUGUCAUCAUACACGGUCUCCGCAUCCACAAUUGCGUUGCUCAACCAGCAGGACCUGUUCUAGGUCCAGACGCCAAGAUUGUACAUUUGGGACCCGUUGAUGGAGAUGCUAUCAGAAUGCUAUCGAGUUCUAAGAUAUGGAUUGAUCACAAUACGCUUUACGACUGCCCUGAUGGAUUAAUUGAUGUUACGCGAGGCUCAACAGGUGUUACCAUCUCAAACAAUUGGUUUAGAUCCCAGAAUAAGGUCAUGCUUUUGGGACAUGACGAUGGCUUCCGACGAGACAAGGACAUGAAAGUUACCGUAGCCUUCAAUCAUUUUGGUCCUCGCUGCCAACAAAGAAUGCCAAGAGUUCGAUUCGGAUAUGCCCACGUUGUUAACAAUCUUUACCUGGGUUGGGGAGCAUACGCUAUUGGAGGAAGCAUGGAUCCUACGAUAAAGAGCCAAGCAAAUCUCUUCAUUGCCCCAAAAGAUGGGAAUAAAGAGGUGACAUGGAGGCAGCACAACGGAAAUGGCAUGUCAUGGAACUUCUUAUCUGUGGAAGAUGUUUUUGAAAAUGGCGCCUCUUUCAGCCAAUCAAGAAGUGGUGGCGGUGUUGCCGUGAGGCCAAACUAUAGCGCGGAGCAGAUUUUUCCAAUAGAAGCAGCAAGAGAAGUGAGGGCAUUGACCAAAUCUGCUGGUGCCUUGAAGUGUCCAAGGGUAUCCAGAUGUUGA